UGUUCACAAUAAAAUGGAGGUGAAGAAAACAGUUUGGCCGAGUAGCAAUAUGAUCCAUGACCGGGACCAGUGUCAUUGACCACCUCUUGAGUACUGUGCAACAGUCAUCACCGGUGAUGUGCGCGACUUCCCGUACACGCGGGCAUCUGCAUCAUCCUCUGCCGUCGUACAGCUAUAUGCCCGGUCAUCGCAGCUCGACACCGCGCAGUUGUGUCAUCGUCAUUUUCAGGAUACGCCGCCUUGGCCGCCCUCGGUGUCAUUUCGGUUGUGAUGCCUUUGAGAGCGCGCAUCAGAUAUUUACUCCCUCAGGCUUGUGUUACCCCCACUCGCAGGUAUCGUGGCGAACGUUGAGACACAAAUGGAUGUUUUACCCGCACAGUCUAACGUCAAGGGCAGCAUUCAAUCAUUCGGCAAUGUGGGUGUCUUAUUCCCGCAGCCUGAUAGUGCGACGAUGGACCAUAGGCUGUUGUCGCGAUUGGCGCAGGUAUCAUUCGGCUUGUAGUUCAUAUUUUGGGAGAUACAAGCGACGUAUCCGUUCCCUCAAUGCUAAUAUUUCCUCCUCAGUCACAUAUUCGUCACUUGAUAGUUAUUCGUACCUAUUACCGGAUGGUUUGCGAGGUUUUCUUUGAUUCUUGAUUCUUAGUUCAUAGUUGGGCCAUCCUGAGAUUAUGUGAGCGUAGAUGGCCAAAUACAAUCCCG